GGGCGGCUGGAGAGCGCGGCGCGCAGGCGCCUGGCGGCCAACGCGCGCGAGCGGCGCCGCAUGCAGGGGCUCAACAGCGCCUUCGACCGCCUGCGCCGGGUGGUGCCGCAGUGGGGCCAGGAUAAGAAGCUGUCCAAGUACGAGACCCUGCAGAUGGCGCUGAGCUACAUCAUGGCUCUGACCCGCAUCCUGGCCGAGGCCGAGCGGUUCGGCUCGGAGCGGGACUGGCUCUCUGUCCCCUGCGAGCACUUCGGCCGCGACCACUACCUCCCAUUGGCGGGCGCGAAGCUGCCGGGCGAGGGCGAGCCCUACGGCCAGAGGCUGUUCGGCUUCCAGCCCGAGCCCUUCCACAUGGCCAGUUAG